GAUUUGCAAGCAACGCGCGCCGUCAACUCGAAAAUUCGUUUUUGCCAAUUUUUUUGAGCAGAAGUUUGGCAAUUAGCUUAGGUUGUGUGUUUGUGUGUGGGAGUGCUUGUGCCUGUGUGCGGCAAUUGCAGCAACAAUUGCAGUUAACCGAGAAAACCGACCGUAAACAACAACAACAAACAUACCGCUCGUGAAGAAAUAAAAGUGAAGCCGGUUUGCAAAAAUUACGCAAAAUAAGAAAAAUAAGAAAAAAACGAAGGAAAAACGGAGAAAACAAAAUUACAGCCUGCACUGUAUUCGUGUGUUAAAUCGAGUCACACGAAAAUAGUCAAAAAGGCCAGCCCCCAUAAUCGAUUAAAACUAGUUUGCAUCGCCUGCAUCCCAUUGUUCGAUUGUUAGUUUUCUUUGAGGAAAGCAAAAGAGUCGCCUGGCCGAAAAUGCAGUCGUUUUGCAUCUCGCUGACGCUGGUCGCCUUGGCUAUCGCACUCGGAAGUGCUCCUCCAGUGGCGAGUGCCGCCACGCUGCCAACAUCCGCGCCAAGCGUGUUCAGCAGCGAUCCCAGGAGCGGUCCGACGAGUGGCAGUGACGAUUUGGGCGGCCAGCAGUUCGAUUCAGUUACACCACCGGCUCCGACAGCACUGUCCGAGGGCUCCAAUGAGGUGACACCGUGUAGUCUCGGUUCGCCGGAGCUCAAUGAGUGCAUCCGUGGCCUGAUCCAGACAUUUGCCCCCAAACUGAAGUACCAGGGUGUGCCUGAGUUUAACAUGGGCGCCAUUGAUCCCUAUUUUUACAAGCGGGGCAUCUUCCGGUACACCAACGAUGGCAUCCAAGGUGGCCUUUUGAUCAAGAACAUGGAGAUCUAUGGCAUUAGCCAGCUCCAGGUGAACAGUGUGGCUGCGAACUUCACUGAAAACGGAUUUAUAAUCAAACUGGGCGUUGAGCUGCCACAGCUGAAGGCUGGUGGACACUUCAAGGCGGACGUGAAGUUCGGUGGCCUGCGUCUGGUGCCCAAGGGUCCCUUCAACAUCACCAUCGACAACGUCAAGGCCACCAUUCUGACCGACGGCCACAUCGAACAGCUGCCCAGCGGUCAGCAGCGUCUCAGCUUACACCGUCUGAAUGCCAAUGUCAAUAUCGGUGACGCCAAGGUGGUGGCCAACGGCAUCUUCUCCGAUCGGAACUUGAAUGCUAUGAUCCUGAAUCUGGUCAACGAGAAUCUGCCGGAGAUCACACGCGUCGGAAUUCCAGCCACCCGUGAGCAGUGGGCUCCCAUUUUGAUUGCGCACAUCAACGAGUUCUUUGCCAAGGUUCCUAUCGAGAAAUUCCUGGUUCAAUGAGGCACUAAAUCCCCUUCUCUAGGAAUAAUUAGCUCCUAGUUAGUGUUAGCCUAAUAAUUACAAUUACAAACUUAUGUUAAACGCUGUUUCCAAAUAAUGUUCUAUGCUCAAACGAUUUGGCAAUCAUUUGGAUUAAUUUUCUACAUAACCAUUUUGUAUUUAUUUAUGUUCAACGAAAAA